AUGGCAUUGAAUCAGCUGAGGUUUCCAUAUGUUUCAGUUCUCUGUACUUUGGAGCUACUGAACAAUGGGUUUCUCCACAACGUUGCGGAUCGCCCAAAUCGUGAUUAUGGCCCACCAACUGGUUUGAAACCUCUUGGUAGUGUUGGUGUGAUAUGUGGAAGAAUGAAAAAGAUGGGUGAUUUAAGAGCAUAA